AUGCAAUCAGAGCGGAAUAUCCUUUACCUUGUGCCAAAAUUCCAUCUGCCAGCCCAUGUUUUGAAAUGCCAUGACAAUUUUUCCUUCAAUUUCUCCGCCGGAGUUGGUCGCACCGAUGGCGAGGCUCCUGAGCGCGGUUGGGCUGCUACCAAUGCUUUAGCAGCAAGUACCAAAGAGAUGGGUCCAGGUGCUCAUCGAGACACUUUGGAUGACCAUUUUGGAGAUUACAACUGGAGAAAGAUCAUCAUUCUAGCGGAUACUCUUUGUGAUCGGCUGAAGGAGGCGGUCAAAGCUCAUAUCGAGCAUGUUGAAGAGUUUAUAGGAUACGAGGAUGCUUUGCGGGUCGAGCAUUCAGAAUCUGUCGACUCAUGGAGACAAAUGGUCCUUUUAUGGGAAGCCGAUCGAACACAGCAGAAUCCCUUUGCACCGACUUUGCGCUCUGUGACUGAAAAUGCCGUGCAUCUGGAGCUCGCAAGAGAAGAAAAGAAUGUUUCUGCUGUAGAAAUUCGGCAUGAUGUUAGCCCCAGUGAGUUAAUUGCACAAGGAUUACAGCUAGAAGAGGCCCAGGUGCGACUGCAAUAUGAUAUCGACGCCCUUGGUCUACAUUCAACAGAUCUACAACGCACCAAAGUUCAAGCCCAGGAGAACCGUAUCAGCCGCAAAAUUGAAGCAUGGAUUGAUGUGCAGAAGGUAUGCAUGCCUAGGACCACACUUCUACAUGCACGGGAUGACGAUUGCCGCAUGGUUGGAGCUGCUGUGUGGCCUUCAAAGAUUCCUCUCUAUCUCCCUUCUACCGCCCUCAGGCUCAAUGCUAUUGAUGCAUUGACCCAGAGCACUAUCGUCGACGAUGAGUGGUGUCUCCAUCUUGCUCAGGCUAAUGAUGCCUUGGCUGUGCUACAUGAUCAUCUUCUUCUAAAAUCUUAUCUCACGGCGUGGCGACAAUGCUUUUCCCGAGGACAGCGCUAUGGCACUAAAGCAAAUACCUUAUUUCACUGA